CAGUGGUUGGGCAUUUCCGGUCGUGUCAGGUUUCACGAAGCACGGACAUUUAAAUCUGCGGCACUGGGAGAGACUUGGAAACCUGCGUUCGGACGGCGUACCACGCAGCGGUUUGAACAGUAGUAGUAAAACCUUUUAUUUCAGGGCAGAUUUGUUGUUUUAAUCAGUAUUUUGUAGGUUCACUGAAGACCAGCAGCAAUAUUCUAAUGUAAGAAGACGUUUUCAUCGCUUGCUCUUUAGCUCCGUGCAGCUGUUGGAUUAUUCCUCUAGCUGAAUUUUGAAUGAACGUCCUGCAUUAGCCGACUUGUUGUUUUCAAUGUGCAUGUAAAUAUCAAGCAAGCUUUGACGUCCGCGCAGAAGGGGUUUGCAUGUAUUUUUGUUUCUUGCUUGGCCUUAAAGACCUGGAAAGAAACGCCUUCAACGAAGAGAAUAUUUUAUGCAAGCUGUGUUAUGAUUGAAAUGAAAAAAAUACUUAGCAAUUUCCAUCCACUAAAGGAAUUAAAGAAAAUAUAGCACAGUUGACAGUUUCUUUAUACGAAGUUCAUUUUUGUUUUUUUAGCUUUCUUGGGGGAAAACGACAAAUUAGGAUUCUUUUAUAGAGAUUUGCGUUGUAUAUUGUAGAAUUUGCAUCAUGUUCAGCUGGUUGGGUAAUGAUGACAGGAGGAAGAAGGAUCCUGAGGUGUUUCAGACAGUCAGCGAUGGACUCAAGAAGCUGUACAAAACCAAACUGUUACCUUUGGAGGAACACUACAAAUUCCAUGAGUUCCACUCGCCCGCCCUAGAAGAUGCAGACUUCGACAACAAGCCCAUGGUACUGCUGGUAGGGCAGUACUCCACCGGGAAGACCAGCUUCAUCCGGUACCUUCUGGAGCAGGACUUUCCCGGCAUGCGGAUUGGGCCGGAGCCCACGACGGAUUCCUUCAUCGCCGUGAUGCAUGGCGACGUGGAAGGGCUGGUCCCCGGAAACGCCCUGGUCGUGGACCCCAAGAAGCCAUUCCGGAAGCUCAACGCCUUCGGGAACGCCUUCCUGAACCGGUUUGUCUGCGCCCAGCUGCCCAACCCUGUGCUGGAGAGCAUCAGCGUCAUCGACACCCCGGGGAUCCUGUCCGGCGAGAAGCAGAGGAUCAGCAGAGGCUAUGACUUUGCGGCGGUCCUGGAGUGGUUCGCUGAGCGUGUGGACCGCAUCAUUCUGCUGUUCGACGCCCACAAGCUGGACAUAUCGGACGAGUUCUCCGAGGUGAUCCGGGCCCUGAAGAACCACGAGGACAAGAUCCGCGUGGUGCUGAACAAGGCCGACCAGAUCGAGACGCAGCAGCUGAUGAGGGUCUAUGGUGCCCUCAUGUGGUCGCUGGGCAAGAUUGUCAAUACGCCCGAGGUCAUCCGCGUCUACAUAGGAUCCUUCUGGUCACAUCCACUUCUGAUCCCAGACAACAGAAAGCUGUUUGAGGCCGAGGAGCAGGACCUAUUCAAGGACAUCCAAUCUCUACCCAGGAACGCAGCUCUCCGGAAGCUAAAUGACCUCAUUAAGAGGGCACGGCUAGCCAAGGUUCACGCCUACAUCAUCAGCUCUCUGAAGAAGGAGAUGCCGUCAGUAUUUGGCAAGGAAAAUAAGAAGAAGGAGCUGAUCAAUAGCCUUGGAGAUAUUUACAGCCGCAUCGAGCGAGAACACCAGAUCUCCCCAGGGGAUUUCCCCAACCUGAAGAAGAUGCAGGAACAACUCCAGUCUCACGACCUGAACAAGUUCCAACCACUGAAGAUGAAACUACUGGAUUCAGUGGAUGACAUGCUGGCCCAUGACAUUGCCCAGCUGAUGGUUCUCGUCAGACAGGAGGAGACCCAGCAGCCCAACAAGGUGGUCAAGGGCGGAGCCUUUGAUGGCACACUCAACGGGCCGUUUGGGCACGGCUACGGCGAGGGCGCCGGCGAGGGCAUUGACGAGCAGGAGUGGGUGGUGGCGCGUGACAAGCCGAUGUACGAUGAGAUCUUCUACACCCUCUCACCUGUCAAUGGCAAGGUCACGGGGGCCAACGCCAAGAAGGAGAUGGUCAAGUCCAAGCUGCCAAACACUGUGUUGGGCAAGAUCUGGAAACUGGCGGACAUCGACAAGGACGGCAUGCUGGACGACGAAGAGUUUGCCCUGGCCAACCACCUCAUCAAGGUCAAACUUGAGGGUCACGAGUUGCCCAGCGAACUUCCACCUCACCUGGUUCCUCCUUCUAAGAGGAAAAUUCCUGAAUAAAAUGGCAUGGGGUGAUGGAAUGGGGAGAUCGAGGUGAUGGUAAGGAGGUGUGGGCAGUGUGCAGUGAAGGAGCAGUUCAAUAUAAUCAGCGGAAUGGGCUCUCAUCUGUGCUUCAAUGGCAGAUUGGUUGGGGGGGCUUUGUGGAGUAUGCGUCAUAGGAAAUGAGCAGGGAGCGAGAGACAUGCUGAUUAAGUGAGGUUCAGUGGGGUGGGCGGGGGGAAUUGGGGGGUAAAGGACUCCUACACAACACUCUUCCACAACCUUUCUUGGUUGCAUGUAGCAGUUUGGUGACUCGGCACAUGGCUCAGCAGGAAUUGGAGAACAGCGGCCGCAGAGGAGAAGCGAGCUCCCCUCUUCUGUGCUCUCCUGAUUGGUGGAUGUGAGAGACACAAGGCAUGCUUCACGGGGGCAAAGAUGUCACACUUCUGUCUUACUACUAUUACUUACUCUGGUAUUACCUUAGAUAGAGUUUAAUGGAAUAAUGUACUGACUCAAACCCUUUUUUUUCCAAGAAUUAGGUCUAGUAACUUUUUUUUUUUCUUUCUUGCAUCAGCGUGCUAAAUGCAAGGCCUUCAUAGCCAGACAGAGAGACUGUUAAAUUGUAUAGCUGUCAUGUUGGACUAUAGAGAGUUGAAAAUUUUAAAUGUCUAGUGCUGAAAUGUACCUUCUAGGAUUAGUGUCCUCCGACUGUACGUUCCUAUAUAUUUAGUGUGUUGCGAUUAUCUGUAGAGUACUUGUAGGAUUAAACUUGAGUUUGCUGGUAAGGGGAGUUGUUGGCAGACUAUCAAGUGGGGGGGGUCCAUACCAGUUUGGAUUUCAUUUCUUGUUUGUCAUGUCCAGUACCUGCUUGUGCUUGCUGUUUAUAGGGGGGGGGGAAGCCAGACGAUCAACCACAUUUAUACAAAUGCAAUGCAAACUGGUUUUUACUUAACCCUCUGGAGGAAACCGCUUGCCUGUUCAAACGCUGUUGCUAGUUUUCAGCGGCGUGAGCUGUGGCGUUCGUCAUCCCAUGAGUCACUAGGUAAAAUCCAGGUUAUGUAAGAUUUUUAAACUUGGCACAUUGCUUGGCCAUUUCUCCCUAAUUUACCGAAUGACUCCUGCUGGAAUCCCAUCUCUAUUUGUCCUUAGCCAGCAAAUCCCAUCAUUCCGAGGUAGUACAAACACCCGAGCUACUAAAAAUUGUCGCAGAGAUAGUGACUUGUUUGACGAAUGCAGAUAGAUGCAUUUAUUCUACGAAUCUGAGAGAGGGUCAGUUCCCAGUUUAGCGUGUCCCUCUGUUAUGGAUACAUUUAAAUUAAUCUCUUACUACUUACUGCUCCAAGAGUCCAGAUUGUACUGCAACUGAUGACAGGUAGCCUGUAUACCAGUGUGGAAUAAUAAAAUAUAGCACAAUAUGUAAAUGUCCUAUGACUGUUCUGGUGGUGUGGUUAUCCUUGAAAGGUUUAGGGAUUUUGGGAUCUACGUCAUAUAGAUUUUGGGAGGAAUAUUUUAUUAUCUUCGUUUCAAGAUCACUGCUCCCAGUAGCACGUCUUCACAAAACACCCACUGCUGCUGUGUGUUGUGCUGCCAACAGGGGGCGCCAUGCACCGUGUUCACUGCGUUUUAUGCUAACCAAACAGAUAGGAGACACGAUAUAUAUAUAUUUUUUUUCCAUUCAAGAAAAAUAUAACUGUAGGAAAGUUUAUCCUUGGCUGUGCAUCUAUGGUGGGUUAAAGUGUCAUAUGCUCUUCUGCAGAAGCCACAUCCUGUUUCAUAAAUGCAAUUGCUCAUGCAAAGCUGAGAUCAGUAUUAACGAUGAUAGCUGGCUCACACUGCGCUGCAUGCUGUCUUUAUCAAAGCCGUCAUCCGCCGGCUGUGAGAAUUUUUCCUGAAAAUUCCGAUUUAAAGGUGGUUUCGUUUGGCUGGGAAUUGGUGACUGUUUUGCACAACAGCUGCAGGUGCUAAGCGCGGCCAUAUUUGUAGGUGAUGGAGUUCCUGAUCUUCCACGAGGGCUUUUGGGUAAUUGGGGAGGGGUUUUGCUGCCAAUCAGUCAGAAUGGGGCACCCAUGGAACCUUCCCCUCGUCUGACUAAGCUGUUUUUGUUUCUUUGUUUUGACUCUCUCAAAGCUCUCUGCGAUGUCUCUGUUCGUGUUGGAUGUGAGCGUCCAGCUCUGUGCCCCCUGCUCCCCCCCCUUCCCCGCCCGAGGACUCUGUGUGCGUGUAUUUAACAGACCUGUAUCCGAAGCUAUUGAUUAUGUGUCUCCUGUAACCACCCCCCCAUGGUAAAAAGAAUUCAGGUGGGAAAACAUUCCUAGAAUGUGGGGGGUUCUGCUUUCAAAACUAAAUGAUAGUAAUAAAGUUAUUUAAAAUGGA